AUGUCACCACGCACCAAGAGUUCAACUGAGACUCGCUCCAUUUUCAACCUGCACGCCAGAUCGUCUCCGAUGGAUCCAUUAUCUAUCGCGUCAGGCGCCGCCGGCCUAGCUAUCAGCUGCGCGACAAUAGUUAAGACGCUAUACACCUGGAUAGACGAUACUGUCGACGUCGACGAGAAUGUCUCCAACUUGUUUGAGGAGGUCUCGAUUCUGUCGCGAGUCCUAGACUCCGUCAGCAAUGCCUCAGGUCGGGUCCCGCAAGCUGUUGUGGCCGAGAUCGAUCCUGGUAAUGCCCUCUGGGGUAGUAUUAGUGCUACCCUGGAUGAUAUCAAGAACACAUUCAACAAGCUCAACCAGCUAAUGGCCGAGCUUGAGAAAACAAGCCUCUUUAGCCGAGGGUUCUUGCGCAAGCCAACCAAGCAAAUCAAGUUUAGCCUACGGUCCAAAGAUAUCACUAUAUAUAAGGACAAAAUCAAGUCAUACAACACGGCGAUGACAAGUGCUUUUCAGAUGAUCAAUGUCUGCCUCCUAAUUCACAGCAAUUCCUCUCAAGACUCUGUGUUCAAGGUCCUCUCUGGGCUUAAGUCCCAACUGAGACAUGUUGAGUUUGCUUUGCACACAAGUAGCUCCGCAAGCCCUGGCCCUUCCAGUGGACGUGAAGAGGACGAUCGCGCCACCCAAAAUCUCCGAUAG